AAUUUUAUUUUCCUCAAUUUUUUCAAUCUCUACCUUUUAAUUCAUAUUUUUUCUCUUUUUCUUUUCUCAAUCCUCACAAAUCAAUGGUUAUGAUUCUACAAGAGAAUCCAUUCUCGUUUUUCUUUUUUCUAUAAUCCUUAUUGAGUGAUAGUAUUCUGCUUGAUUACUCACAAAUUCGCACAGCUGCAAAUAAGCGAAAAUACCAUUUAUCUCAGUUCGCGAUUUCCCUCUCUUCUCUACUAUACCAUUUCUCAAUCUCAUCACUGUUUGAUUAAUCAUCCCGUGCACGCCUCUAGUGGUGAUGGCAGGUAACACACAAGAUUCAUCCCAGUCAUUUUGGGAAGGCUACAAAGAGUUUUGGGGUGAAAGGUUUUCUUUUAUGAACAAUUAUUCCAACUUCAUCAAGCGUGAUAAACCCCUCACUUCCUGGUCUAACUCUGAUGUUGAGGAAUUUAUCGCUUCUGAUCCUGUUCAUGGACCUGUGCUGAAAACUGCUAGAGAAGCAGUGCAAUAUGGGCUUACAGGAAGUGCUUUGGGAGCGUUAUUCACUGCAGGUUUUGCCUGGAAAUAUUCAAGGAGUUUACAUGGUGCUGGACUGUCUUUUUUAGCUGGAGGUGUAUUUGGAUGGACAUUUGGACAUGAAAUCGCAAAUCAUGCACUUCAACUUUACAGGGUAGACACAUUGGCUUCUGAGGCUAAGUUUCUGGAGUGGUGGAAAAGGAAGACCGAAGGAGGUUAUUGAAUCUGUUGGUGUCUGGAAGUUAAUGCUACAUUUGUUAGUUUUCGGUGUUGCCAGUUCGAUUUAUGUUUGCAGAAUAAAUAUUUUUGUUGUUGCAUAGGUCAAAAUUUAGAAAUAAUGCAUUGUCCACAAAUCAAAUUGUGACUGCCAUUUUUUCUCCCGAUGUUGUGUUGUUCUUUAUUACUCUGAAAAUAAUUAUGGAACCAAUGUAAAAUUUUGUUACUGGUGGACCUUGUGUGAUGAAGCACUUGGUUUGGAAAUUUUUUAUAUUUUGUUCUGUUUUUAUGAAAAUAAUGCAAAGAAAUGUUCAAAAGGCAAA